AUGCGAACCGACAUCCUGACCGAUGAGAUCCUCACCACAUUGAAGGAGCGAGACCUUUUGACCAAGCGUGAUGUGAUUGAGUCGGCCCUGACGGAUGGGUCCACGGGCGAGAAGACUGAAGAAUGGGUAUCAAAACACCUAAACCCGAACACCCUGCUCUCGCGGGAGGAGCUUGUCCUAUAUAAGAAGCUUGAGAGCACCGGCACCCUCCAACCUAUCCUCCGCGAUCCCGAACUCGGCGCGACACGACCCUUCCUAGAAGACGAUAUCCGGUCCGCGAUAGAAUCCCUCGAGGCAUCGACGGUGACAAUCCAGAAACAGACAGAGACACUAUCGUUUCAGUGCGAGACACUCAAAAAACAAAUGCGCCAACAAGAGAACUGGGAACAAGACCAAAGUCGGGACAUCGCACGUCUGCGGAAGAAGCAUGAAGCGAGCAGGCAAAGCACGACCAUUGCAGCCAAUGAUCUAUCGGACGAGCUCGAGGCUAGCUUUAGGAGUGCGGUUGAGAAGACAGGCGCUGAGAAUAAACGGAUUCUCUCCACACUGUCUACUCGACUAAAGCAGGACGACAAAGUUCUUGCUGAACUAGAGAUACUUAUAUCGGGAAUCAAGUCAAACGGCAACGAUUCAGCUACGGUUAAGCGAGCCAGUCAGCUUAGCAUCAUGCUGGCAGACUAUAACGCGGAAGAGAUCCAUUACCGUCUUGACCGACUAUACCUCGAAACUAUCCUUCCUGGAUCGUCAAAGACAAGUCAAAGCACCUGUGAAAACGAGAAUAUAGCAGCUUUGCAAGAAGAGCUGGACUCUCUAUACCCCGAGAUUGAAAUUCUGGCAGAAAUGUCCACGAAGCAGCAAUUCUACGAGCCUAUCCUACGAGAAAUCCAUAACCAGCACAGCCAGCUCCGGGCUGCGUCCGAAGAGAAGCUGGAACGAGCCCUAGACGUACUCAUCGACAUGACCACUUCCAAAGAAACCAUAACCAAACAACUCAACGAGCGAGAAUCCUCCUGCGAGCUACUCGAACAACUAGCCACCCUCUACCAAACCGAAGUAGGCAACCCCCUCGCAACCCAGCCCCCCUCCCGUCGCGAAUCUCUCCGACGACGCUCCAUGCAACCAGGACUCCUCCUCACUGCCCCACGCACCAACACCACCUCGCAGCCCGAACAACCCGCACUAGAGAGCCUCCUCCGACGCAGCGGUGUCUCGCCGGAAUCAGUGAUUCGCCCGCGCGCAGAGGACGGCGGGGCUCAGGGUCUACAUGAGAAGCGAAUCCAGCUGUCGGAGACACUACGGGCUCUGGGGAUGGCCGUUGACAAGCCGCUAGUGAGUCAGCUAGUUCCGGCGGAUAAGGCAUUACAUCUUCUUUCGUCGGCUUUACAUGCGAAUUCGCGCUAUGAAGUAUCACUGCGUGAUAUGGAGCUAGAGGAAGCAUUGGCUGGGCUGGAGAGUGAGCUUGGUGAGUUGCAGAAGGGUGUGCAGGGGCUUGAUAUGGAUGUCUUGCAUCAGCGGGAUAAGACACGGGAUCGGUUUCUUGAGCGAUGG